GAUUAUCUCGGGGAGGCCAUGGGGGUGUGGCCACAAGCGAACAGGGGGGUGGUUUGUCUAUCUCAUCUCACUGUUCGUUAUCUCGGGGCGAAAGGGCUGUGGAUGCUGGGGCUAAGGGCUUAGUUCGAAGCGCGGCGCGAAUCUGCAUUGCUGAGGCAUGAAGGCGAAAAGCAACUGGGUCUACAGCGACGAUGAAUGACGCUUGUAAAUGGAAUGAGUUGGUUGAAGGUUCGUGGAGAAGGAGGAAAUGUUUAUCUCGUCUGUUUGUUUGUUUCUUCUUGGUCGAGAAAUUCUGCCUGGAUUACUUAAUCAUCAAACGAUGGAGGAAAACAAGGGCAGGAGCAAGACAAUGAAAAAUCAAUCAUUCGGGAAAGCGCAGCGCCACAAACGCGGAUUAUCGACCCGGAAGCAGCAGCGAAGAAAAAAAGAUACAAAGAUACAAAGUGUGACAUUGGCGAUAGUAAGGCCAGAGAUAAGGUGGGCGUGUAUAAUCGAGGUACGUACGACAAAAGCCAAGAUACGGUCAUCGAAAUCGCCAGGUACGUAUCUUUUCCGCAUGUGGGUGGGUGAGAUAACGCUAGUCGGUAAGCACUCUAGCGCCGAGACAACAAUAGAACAUGCAAGUGCAGCACACAUUGCCGCGCAGCCCAAGUAUCGGCCGAGUAUCGGUGAGGCCGCAAACAGGGGAGUCUUUUUUUUUCUUCUUUUCAUUUGUCUUUUGUCGUUUUGGCUGGAGCCGGAUAAGCAGCAAAUCUGCAACCCUGAACUUUUUCGUUGGAUUCUUCUUAUUGUUUUUUAUUUCAUCCUUAGUCGUUUGGUUCCCACGCUUGGUAGAUAGGUAAUUGAUUGAUUGAAAAGGGCGCCAAUUCACCCGGGCCUAUUAUCCAGCAACGAGAAAAACAAUCGGCUCUGUCUCGCCUCCUUGACAAAAGGCCGUCAUCGGCAUCGCCAGCCCGAGACAGAACACAACUCAUGUUCUUCCUCAAGACGAACUGAGCCGACAACCCGAACAGAUAAGACAGGUUUCUUCUGCACCGAUGGAGCACGAGUACUCGUACAAGCACAAAGUACGAGUAAAUUCAUUCUGCAGUUAACCAGGGGGUCGCAUUGAAU